GGAGUACUAAAUACAGGAUAUAUUGCUGCUGCGAGGAAUAGACAAGGUGAAGCAGAUCUAGUAUAUAUAUGUAGUAUGACAAUGCUAACAAGUAACAACCACCCCUCACCUCUUCCCCCCAACAACUCCAGCUCUAUAUCUCUAUCUCUCUAGCCAAUAAUUGAUUGUUCGGUUGGUUGGUGUUAUCCUUUUCUGUCCCUCUUCUCCUCUUUCUCUAUAGCUUUCAGAUGGGGGGCACCUUUACAGCAGCCGCGGCGGCGGCGGCGGCACUGGUUCUAGUCAUGGCUGGCUUCUUGGGAGCUGCAAAUGCCAAUGUGGGCGACAAGUGCUCGACGAGUGCGGACUGCGGGGCGGGGCAGUGGUGCUUCGACUGCGAGCCGGAGCUCGCCGGCUCCCACUGCGUCCGCUCCGCCGCCACCAACCCCUUCCAACUUGUUAAUAACUCGUUGCCAUUCAACAAGUAUGCCUAUCUCACGACGCACAAUUCAUUCGCGAUUGUUGGGGAACCGUCGCACACCGGAAUUCCGCGCAUCACCUUCGACAACCAGGAGGAUACAGUCACUGAUCAGUUGAAUAAUGGUGUCCGCGCGCUAAUGCUCGACACAUAUGACUUCAAAGGAGAUGUAUGGUUGUGCCAUUCCAGUGGAGGCAAAUGCAACGAUUUUACUGCAUUUGAACCAGCACUGGACACAUUCAAGGAAAUUGAGGCAUUUCUUUCUGCCAACCCAUCUGAAAUCGUUACGUUGAUCCUGGAAGACUAUGUUAACGCGCCAAAUGGCCUGACGAACGUGUUCAAUGCCUCUGGCCUGCAAAAGUACUGGUUUCCGGUUUCGAAAAUGCCGCAGAAUGGUCAGGACUGGCCUCUUGUUAGCGAUAUGGUCACAAGCAACGAACGUCUCCUUGUGUUCACCUCUGCCAGAUCGAAGCAAGUCACAGAAGGAAUCGCAUACCAGUGGAAUUUCAUGGUUGAGAACAAUUAUGGCGACGACGGAAUGGAUGCUGGCGAAUGCUCGAACCGUGCAGAGUCCGCGCCGCUCAACGACAAGACCAAGUCACUGGUCCUCAUGAACUACUUCCCAUCUGUCCCUGUGAAGCUGACUGCAUGUUUGCAGCACAACAAGGGCCUCACUGACAUGGCUAGUACAUGCUACAGCGCAGCCGGAAAUCGAUGGGCUAAUUUCAUCGCAGUCGACUACUACAAGAGAAGCGAGGGAGGGGGCGCGUUCCAAGCCACCGAUCUGCUCAACGGCAUGCUCCUGUGUGGAUGCCAGGACGUCAAGGCUUGCCAGCGAGGAUCUAGUGUAGUAUGCUCCGCCUGAAUCCGGGGAAAAUAGGACAUGUAGCAACUGCACGUACAUAGAACAAGCGGAGGAACUGGAGAUGCAUGGCGUGAUUGAUGAUUUAGUCUCAAGAUGAGACAAGACAUACUCUCGGAGAUGGCGGGUUCCCGCAAUGGAAAAAAGUUGAAGAUGUUGGAUAGUGCAUUACAACAGUUGAUUCAUAGAUAUGAUGUACUCUCGGAGACACACAUCAAGAGUUAUUGCUAUAAAUGAAUUAUUACUGGUUUAUUGUUAUGGCUAUUUUUGAA